UUUUAGCUUAGCAGAAAACUUGCUAUACUUUACUAUUUGCUACAUUAAAUUAACCAAGUUAUCGGAUUUUUGUUCGAUCUAGUUUAGCAAUUUAUGAAGUUCUGGUGUGAAUCUUGAGUUACAUAUUUGUUGUAAAGUGAUUCAUAUAUCUCUUCAAAUUGAUGAUGCAAGUCCUUUUUUAAUUAAAUUAGGAUUAAAAUUUGCCGAAAUUAUACCUAAGUAACUUACUUCAAGAAAUAUUUCCUAAACUAUAUCAGAAGUCACUUUGUGAAACUGAUUCCAUUUAAAUUUACAACAUAUAUAACGGGAUGCAUCUUUCUGAUUGCCCUGCAUAUGUUUCUUGACUUUGCGUUGAAUUCGAACCUAUAGUGAAAUAUUUUCUGUGCAUUAUUGGCGAAAAAAAAGCAAGUAUGUAUUUGGCGCCGGCUAAAAACUAUUGUAAAAAAAUUUCUCUGUUUGCGACUUGAAUGUUCUAGCAGUUCGCAUUAAGUGCUAUAUUGGAUAGAGAAAUGGAGUCAUUUGCAGAAAAAGAAUGUAGUGCUUUGGGUGGCUUAUUUCAGUAUAUUGUGAAUGAUUUGAAGAUAGCCACUCCUGUUUGGGAGGAUUUUCUUGGAAAAACUUCAAAACUCCACACUCAUAUCAAGGCUACAGUUCUAGCACUUACUGCAUUCUUAGAUGCCUUUCAGAAAAUAGCUGAUAUGGCAACUAAUGCUAGAGGUGCUACUAAGGAAAUAGGCUCAGCUCUUACAAGGCUAUGUCUGAGACACAGGAGUGUGGAAGCAAAAUUGAAGAUAUUUUCUAGUGCCCUGGUUGACCAUUUAGUGAUUCCACUGCAAGAUAAACUGGAAGAUUGGAAGAAAGUGGCCUAUCAAAUGGACAAAGACCAUGCUAAAGAGUACAAAAGAGUGAGGCAGGAUAUAAAGAAGAAAUCUUCAGACACACUACGAUUGCAGAAAAAAGUUCGCAAAACUCCAAAAGGUGAUGCAAAAAAGACCCUUGAUAGUGCCAUUAGGGAUGUGAACAACAAAUAUCAUUUGCUAGAAGAGACAGAAAAGCAGGCCUUGAGAAAAGCUCUGAUUGAAGAGCGUUCCAGAUAUUGCCUUUUUGUCAACUGUUUAAGACCUGUCAUAGAGUCUGAAUUAUCAACCAUGUAUGAAGUAACUCAUAUUCAGGAAGUACUAGAUGCUUUAGGAAAACUAAUUGAAGACCCUCAAGGCCUACCAUCAGCAAGUGAACAAGUUAUUCUCGAUGUGAAAAGCUCUGAGGCUGGAUGGUCUUUUCGAACUCCACCUGGUUCCCCGACUUCAGUUGGAUCUCGAAAAUCCAGUACAUGCAGCAUCAGCAGCUUAAACAGUUCCUCCAGUGACAGUACACAUUCCCCAUCUUCACAUCAAAGGAGCAGAUCGCUUUCACAGCCACCUAGCGGAGCUUUCAGAUUGUUGAGUGUGUCUUCGCAAGAUUCUGGUUUUACAUCUCAAGAUACACUUUUCACACGAUUGCCUACACCUCCUCCCUUGGAACUUACAGAUCAGGUAAAUCCUGCUGCAAAAGUUUCUGAAGAUGCAGCAAAAGAUUCCCCAUCCUUUCCAGAUGCACCAUGUGCUAUGUCAACAUGGCCAAAUCUUCAAGAUACACUCCAGUUUGAAAAAGCCGCAGCUUCUAUUGCGAAGUCUCAAAGACCUCAUACCAUUUCUUCAGCUUAUGAACGGCACAACAGGCCUGUCAUAACAACUCACACAUUCAAACCCCUCCAAAAUGACAGUGAUUCUCAAUUGUCCCUGUCAGCAGAUGGAGACUGCCCUCCCGAACUCCCUCCUGAAGAUUAUGCAGAUGAUUGUAGUGAGGAAGCUACCCCUACACACAAAGCAUAUCCACCUCCUUUGCCGCUCAGAGCUGAAGAAAUGGACAUAAGUGCUCCAACUAUUCCACCCAAACCAAGAGUUUUGAUGCAACCACCUAAAAGAUCAGAUUUACAAGCAGCUUGUAAUACAGGAAAUAAUCCCAUUUACGUAAAUGCUAGUGAUAUUUGCAGUGCCUCUAAACCUAGUACUCCUGUUGAUGCUGGUAGUCAAGAAGCAUCACUUAAGACUUCAUUCCAAAAGAAUUUGGCAGCUACUCUUGCACAAAGUGCUGUUCACCAGAAACUUCUGAAAGAAUCUGUUGCAAAUUCUUCUGAUCUAGGAUCAGGCACACAGAAUGUUGCUUCCACUCCAGAUGAAGGAGCUUGUGGUGGCCAUGCGCCUCCGCCUCCAGUGAGACGUUCUUCGGCUACUAAACAACCACCAAUUGUUCCUCCUCAUAGAAGCUCAAGCGGGAAAGAAGGGACAUCUUGGAAUGUAUUUACAGAAUCCAACGAUGGCACAGAUGCACAUGCACAACUGAUGCGAGCCCUCAAUGCCCGCCUCGAUGCUUUACAAAAAGAUGAAGAGGUAUCUAUUCCCGAUCGUCUUCCUCCGCCUCCGCCUCCUCUGAAAGAAGCAACUAUCGAAAUCCCUCCCCGACAAGCAUCCUUGCGAUCAGCCCCUGCCAAGAAACUCCCUCGCACACCCGACAAAGUCUGCACUCUUGAGAUGAAACUCAUAUCAAGUAAAUUCCACACGGCCCCAAGGCCACUGGAAACAACAAAAGCACAGCGACGUAUUUCUCAACCAACAUUCAGUGAGCUGCUUGAUCAAUUCCCUAGAAAUAGGAAUCCUCCUGAAGACACUGCUCCAUUAAAGAAAUUACCUCCUACGCCUGACCGAAGAAGUUCGCUUGAUUUGGAGCGUGCAAAUGCUCAACGAGGACUGGUUUUCGAAGCAGUUAAUGCCCAACGAAAUGUGGUCUUUGAGACGAAUUCAAAGAGGGCUGCAGGUGGUAAUCCUAAUGAAGCUGCAUCUAGAGUUCAAAAGUGGUUGGCAGGUAGAGGCUCAGUAGAUGUAACUCGUUGCCAUGCUGAUCUCUUAGGUGAAAUUAGAGGGGGUGUGAAUCUUAGAAAAGCUAACAGCGAUGAUCGGUCUGCGCCAAUCUUGCGACAUGUUAGGAUUAAGCCUCCGAAAUAGUGAAAUUAAUUUGAACUUAAAAAUUAUAUGAUUGAUCUUUGCCCAAAGAGUUGAAUUUAUGCACUAAGCAUGACAUUGAUUUCUCAUGCCAAAUAUUGUGAAAGCUGAAUGAAAGGUACAAAAUCUGUUUAAAAAUUUUCAAACUUGAAGAUUUAAAAGUUGCCAAACUUUUUUUUUUUGUAAUAAAAGAUAUAAAAAAAAUUGUUUUUUUUUUAAUGAUUCAUAGGAAUUUGUUAAAUAAAAAAUAUAUUUUUUUUUAUAUUCUUAUAUAAAACAUUGAUCAAUAAAAAAAAUUGUCUCAAAUUGUUUUGCGUAGUACAGAAAAUAAUCAUUGACUGUUUAUUACAAAAUUUCACUUCAAUGAAUUUUAAACUGAAUAUUUCAUCCCAUUCUUGCUAUUGACUUUUAUAAAAAUGAGUUUAACAAUACUCAUAACACAAAUCUCUGAAGCAAACAAAAUCUAUUCAAAAAUAUGGAGAACAAUUUUUGCCUUAAAAACUGAGUGAUACAGAAUUGCAAGCAGUUAGACGUGAAACAGUGUCAUGCAAAACUGUGCAGUUCAACUCUGCCCAAAAGUUAUGCAUGUGUGUUCAAAAAAAGACUAGCUUUAGCGUUGAUAGAAAUGCAUUUAGGCAUAGGUUGUUAAUGCCAUUUUCUCUCAUACUGUACAGUUUGAUGUUGUGUUGUUUCUAGUCUUGUAUUGGAUUCCAUUUUCAAAAUGUAGCUUUACCUGUUCUUCAAAUUUUGCUAGUACACACUGUUUCAUAUUUUAUCAGCUGUUGGGAAUUUUUUUUAUUGAUGAAAGGUUGUAUAAGAGCAGUUUUAUAUGUACUGUCAAAGAGGGCUUGCACUCGAUAUAAUUAGUUAGUUUUUACUGUAUAGUAUAUCCUAGUGCUUAUUGUGCAAAUCCAAUUCAUAGAUUUUAAUUUUAAAUGCAUUCCAAAAUAAUUGAUGUUAGUGUAGCAUCACCGAGUCUUAUUAAACAUAUUUAUUGUGUAAUGAUGACGCUUCAUUUAUUUGCAUACACUCUAUUGUAUUGAGGCAAGCAUAUUAUCAUAGUUAUCAAAUAUGUACAGAGUCAAUUUACCCCUUUACUAGUGAAUAGAUAGCCCUCUUUGCCAGUUGUGAUGGAUUUCUGUGUGCUCAAGUGAACUAAAUGAAAUUUAAUUUUUGUAACAUUGUUUUGAAUCAAAAGUAGCUUUAUAAAUCCCAAACAUUCCAUGUAUUAUUUAGUACCUUCGGUUCUGUAUAGAACUUAGUAGUUAACUUUUGAUAAAAAGUUCUAGUUUUCCUUAAUUGUUUUUUAAUCUUUCUUCAUUGCAAUACAUACUGGAAGAAAAAGGGGGGGGGGAACAACACUGUAUGGUUAAAGAAUUCUUAUUUAAAUUAUUUUCUGAAGGAUAUUAUUUGAUGAGUAAUAAAUUUUGAUCUGAAAUUUCCAGAGAAAAUUAUAUAUAUUCUUUCAAAAGUAAUUUAUUGAAUUUAAACUCCUUGUUAAUCAUUUCAUUAAGCUGGUAUUUUUUAUGAUUAGGAAUACUUUUUUUUUUCCUAAUUUUACGUAUAUGGAUACACAAGUAUACUUUUAAAAAUAUCAAAUUUUGAUGAAAUUCUGCUUUAAUAUAUUGAUCAAAAUUUUCUGUAAAAACCAUCUUAAAAUAUUAAUUGCUUAGUUGCCUUCUUAAGUUUUGUUAAGUUACUUUCUUAUUUUAUAUAAGAAUUUACUGAGAAUUUAUUAAUUUUGAAUAAUUGAUUCAUUCUUGUUAUAUCUCCCGUGUAUAGCGCACCGUAGAAUGUUUGCAAUAUUUUAAUGUACAUACAUGCUUAAAAGUUAUGAAUUUCUACUAACUCAAUAUUAAAAGUGGAAAUUCAGAUUUGUAAAUAAGUUUAAACUUCUGUAUGUUUUAUAGCAGUGUAGAAUGGGGAAGUCUGUUCUAAUGCUUUAAUACUAAAAAUAAGAAAUUGUUUUCUCAUUCCAUUAAACCCUUUGAAGGUAAUAAGUGUCUUCAAAAAGCUCAAGCUUAGUGUAAGCAGAAGUCAUGAGGUUUUAUCACUUCAAAUAUAUUAUAUAAUUGUGAAUAUGGAAAUAGUGAACCAAGUUUUUAUUUUAGAAUUCAUAAUUAUUUUAUGAUUAAUAAUUAUAAAAUAUUAUUUUAUUCUAUAUUUCACUAUUAAAAAAUGUCUCAAUAUUAAUUUGUAAAAUUUUAUAAUGUCUAAGUUAUUUUGC